AUGGGUGCCCUCAUGGGGUGCCUUGGCGUCUCUGUCGUGGCGCUGAGUUGGAGAGGCUCCACGGCCAGCAAGACCGGCCCCGACAAGGUCCAGAAGCGCUCGAGGCUCGCCAAGAAGAUCGAGGACAUGGCAAUGGCUGGCAGCACUGGUGUUUGCCGCACUCAGAUCUUCUUCUACUUCUUCUGCUUUGUCGCAAUGGUCGGCCUGUGCGGCGUGACCUUCGAGGCCUUCGUCGUGAGGUACACUCGGGGGCGCGGCGCUGCUGGGAAGGCCCGGAGGCUUGUCGAGACGGGCCUCGCCGGCGCGGGAGCUUUGCGGCUGGGGCGGGUCGCCUCGCUCGAGCCAUCCCGAUCCGCCGCACAAGUCCGCGUGGCCGCCGCCGCGCUGCUCGUCGGCAGGCUGGGCUGCGAUUUCGAGGUCGACACUUGCAUCUGGAACGACACCGCGCCGGACGGGUACACUUGGACGCGCACGAGCGGCGGCACGCCGUCUCCAGGCACAGGCCCGAGCGGCGACCACACCACUGGCUCGGGCUCCUACCUCUACACCAAGGCCUCUAGCAUCUACAACAAGCUGCACCAGCUCGAGAGCCCGCGCUUCUCGCUCCAGCAGGACGCCACCCUCUCCUUCUUCUACCACAUGUACGACUCCCACAGCUCGUACAUGGGCACCCUCUCCGUCGAGACCUACAACAACGAGACGGGCUGGUCGACGCUCUGGAGCAGGAAUGGCAACCAGGGCAAUAGCUGGCUCGACGCGGCGGUCAUCCUACCCGCCUCGACGACUCAGGUGCGCUUCAACGGUGAGACGGGGCCGAGCUGGAGCUCGGACAUGGCGCUGGACGACGAGGGCGGCGUCGUCUGGACGCAGGACAGUGGUGCGGUCUCGAUAACCAGCUCGACCGUGUCGGGCUGCUCGGCUCGCAAUAACGGCGGCGUCGUCUACGCGUAUGAGAACAGCGGUGCGGUCUCGAUAAUCGGCUCGACCGUGUCGAGCUGCUCUGCUUCUUGGGGCGGCGUCGUCUGGGCGGGGUACAGCGGUGUGGUCUCGCUAAUCGAGUCGGUCGUGAGGGACUGCUCGGCUGGCACUGGCGGCGGCGUCGUCUACGCGGGGUACAGCGGUGUGGUCUCGCUAAUCGAGUCGGUCGUGAGGGACUGCUCUGCUAAUUGGGGCGGCGUCGUCUACGCGUCUCGCAGCGGUGCGGUCUCGAUAAGCGGCUCGAGCGUGUCGGGCUGCUCGGCUGGCACUUGGGGCGGCGUCGUCUACGCGUCUGACAGCGAGUCCCUCUCCAUCGCGGGUGUCGACUUCAUCAACAACUCGGCUUCAACAGGCUCGGUGCUGUACCUGCUAAACCACGAACAAACCUCCAUCAGCAACGCCUCCUUCACUGGCAACGACGGUGUCACGAUCCAGACUGUCAGCUCGGAGAUAGACUGGGACUGCCGCUUGGGCAGCUGGAUGCCGACCAAGGGCGCCUUUGAAGGCGACUUCA